AUGGGAUUUCUCGGUCCUGGUGAAAUUGAUAUUCGGACUGCGUUUGGAUGGGUGUCUAGCGGGAAGCGCGAAUCCGGCUUAGGCCAGGGAUCGGUGCUCUCCAUCCGGCUCAUCGGCUACUACAUGGCUGUCUUGAUGCAGCGUCAAGACCAAGGGCCUGAUGCUGUAAUAAUUACGCACUCGCAAGGCGCGGAGCCGCAUCAGAUCGCUUCUACCGUAUUGGUGGACGACGUCAUUGAUGUUGCAACGACCCGAUCAGGCAUUGAGCAUCGAGUCGCUGUCUCAAAAGUUUUUACGGGAAUUCACGGAACUGGUGGGGUUUUCGGUGCUUCUAAGUCGUUUCUACUCCAGUUUACGCCCACCGAGCGUAGCGCUAGUAACACCGUCUACCUGCAUGAUGGCACUGGCCAACCGAGGGCGGUGACGAUUGUAAUUCCAGCAGAGGGAUUCAAGCACCUGGGUAUUAUCCAAAGCACCGAUGACGUAUGGAGCGCAACCCUCGCACCUGUGUGGAAUGCGUUGCGACGCGAGGCAGACAUAAUAACCCGCCUACAGCUAACCCAUGACCAACUCCAGUAUAUUGUGAACCACGUGUGGCUACCUCGCGUACAGUAUCGAGCGCAACUAAAUACUUCCCACAAGAUUGCAAAGCACGUCGAUAUUCUAAUUCGACGGGUGGCGAAGCACGUCCUUAAACUACCUCAUAGCACACCUAAAGAUGUGUUUCACGACGAGACACGGGGCCUUGGACUCGCCAGCUUUGAAGACAUGUGUAACGUGGCACGAGCUCAGCUAGCCAUCCGAGUGAUGAACUCACCCCACUUGUCAGCCUACCACUUGCUAACGGAGGCAUUCGAAAUCCACCUCCAGCGCUGGAUCCACCAAACUAUCCGCGCGGUGGUCGCAGUUGGAUCGAAGGUGGAUGUUACUUGGGAGAACCCCCAAGCCUGUACGACUAAUCGACCAAACGAUCGGCCAAUUUGCAACGAGUUGACAGAAGAUCUCCGAGCACUACUACUUCGCUACAACCUCAAGUACUCCCACAAAGUGCGCUAUGUUGGAGAUAUCGCCAACACAUCUUAUACGCGGCUAGAGCAACCGACCUCGUUACAACGAAAAUUCCGCUGGUCGCGCCAGCAAGUUGGCGAUUACAAGGAGAUAGAUGAUGACAUCAAAGCCGUACUGUGCCAGAACUCUACCGGAGAGCUGAUAACGCCGGUCGGACGGAUCCCAGUAGACAGAAGUUAUCUACAUAUUCAUUCGAUGGACGUAGGCCCUGGUCAGUUUUUCAUUGCGAGAGAAUUUGAUAUCACGGACGAGGGAUUGGAAAUGCGCGGUCAUGAACUUGGAAAACGCGUUGACGAUAUAUGGUGGCAGGAGACGCGCCCCAACAGCGGUGUGUGGAAACCACGCCCAGGUGAAAUUGGAUCGGAACUAGCCAAUAUAUGCGUACCAGUAGAAGUGGUGUAUCUUCGUCGACGCGGAGGUAGGUCGGCCAAAGAUCGAGUGAUUAUCUGGAGUGAUACAUCUACUGGGGGCGUUAUUGGUGUAAUGAGCAGAGAUUUAAUCAGGGAAGCAUUUAAUCGAUCGUCGCGAAACUAUGACGAAGUCAUGGCAACAGAAGAACUCCAAUCUCCGGCCGAGCGUGUAGCCAGUGCAAUCGGCGCCAAGACGUGUACCACCCGCCCGGUACGAAUUGAUCGUCGACCGUGGGUGCAUUGGGAAGAGUUCCGCAACUGUGAAAAUUGUAUUGCAGCAGGAGAUAGGAGUGUAUGUCAUGGGGGGACACCAAGUGCCACCAGUGGAUGGGGACUUCGUACAGGAACUGUCCGCAAAAUUGGCAGAAUUGCGGUGCACUGGGCGGAUAUGACAUCCACCCGAUGCGAGUGCCACGCCCUCAUUGCUGGGUUGAUGGCAUCGGGUGACACAGGUACCCAAGUCUGUGACAACUUAGCAGCCAUUCGAACCUUAGAGACUGCGCGUGCCAUUGCAAAUGGUAUUCGAUCGUCGCAUCUUAAGUAUAGCAACAAGCAUCGAGUGAAAAUUCGUACCAUGGUGGCGCUGAUGCGUCCGGGUGGGACGUUUACAGCACAGUGGGUACGCCCGCACCAAGAGCACGAGCUCACAUCGGACCCGACACUUAAUGAGCAGCGCCGAGCACUUGCAGCAGCUGACGCAGAUGCUGCCCAGAGCCACGACCCCAGUAUGACCGGCUCAUAUAUAGGCAUCAUGUGCUGGGAUGCUGCUCAUAUCAUGAAUUCUCACGGAAACCCGGUUGUAGGCCGAAUCCAGCUAUUCUUGACGGAACUAGCAGCGGAAAAACGGAAGUCCACCUGGAUUGAAGUAAUGGGCACACGUGGAGAACACAGGCAGACGGCGUGCGAUACUGACUUGAAUAUGGCUAAGUUACUCGGGUGGGAUGACUAUCAAAAGUGUUUUUAUUGGAGAUCGAUUACCAAGUUCUUACACACUAAUCUCAGGAAACACCGCAGUCACACCCAGUGGGGAGCCACACUGUCGGAUAUGCAGCCCAUGGCGGGUGCUGGUCCAACUCAAUCCCAACCUAUCGGCUCACGCAGCGCACGUAAUCUCGCUGGUACGAGAGUGGCGAUGGGCAUCGUAUGCCAGCCACCUUCUAACCCUGGAAAUGCAGUUUUGCAAGAAGCGACCAGCGGGUCGUCUCUUACCCGUGCAACUCCAACGAGCGGCACACGGAUGCCACCCUCACGCGGCGCAAUACUUCUACCACCCGUGCCAGGUAACGGGACUUUGGGAAUCGGGAACGCUAGACCCGCGAUACCUGCAGCAUUACUGGAACCGGAGCCACCUGCUGAUCAAGCUGCAUGGCAAGCGGUAAGCCAAACCUCUUCCACCGAACGUCGGAAUAUCACAGCCAAUAACCCCUCUCCAGUGUGGAUCGGUAUUAUUACCCCACACAUAACUCAAGCACAGCAGCACUGCUGGGCAUCGGAAUGGUGGUCUGCAUUACAGUGCGGUCUCUAUACAGACUGGCUUAUCAUCGAGUACACGAGUGAGGACUUGCCCGAAUACGGUCCCCGUCAGGCACUUGUUACAUGGAACGCUGCACUAGCCACAACUGGGGCGGACCCCGUUCUGCUGGAAACCCGUCGCUGGCUACAAAAUGAGUUUCUGGAGGUAUACUCGGCUCCAUGCGGCUGGAAGACGUGGCCAUCGGCUACUCCGGCAACCGUGCGAUGGGCUCAAUACCUUAUGGUCACUUCUGCCGGUGGCACGAGACUGCAUCUUGGCGUCCUACGCAGUAUCUGGAUGUCCAAUAGACUGCACUGA